AUGCCAGAACUCAAGAUGAAAAGCUACAUUUUCCUUAUGAUCAGUUUGGUACUUCCAUCAGCAUUCUCCAUGACUCUAGUAAAACCUGACAUAAUGGACAUUGGUGAAAAUAAGAAAAAUACAGAUGAUUUGUUACUUGAUGAUAUUCAUAAGGCUCCAAACCGAAAAAGAAGCACCACACUUGGUGGGGACAAACUGUGGCCAUCCCCAGUACCCUAUACCUUGGAUAAUGGCCUUGAAAUGAACGCCAAAGGAAUCAUCCUGAGAGCAUUUGACCAAUUCAGGAUAAAGUCGUGCAUUGACUUCAAAGCAAAGGACUCAGAGGAUUAUUACCUUUCUAUCCAAAACUUAAAUUGGUGUUGGUCUUAUGUUGGCCGAGAGCUUACAAAUGGACAGAACCUCUCCAUUGGAGUGGGUUGUGAUUACCUUGCCAUUGUUGAACACGAGCUUCUUCAUGCUCUUGGUUUCCACCAUGAACAGUCUAGAUAUGACAGAGAUGCCUAUGUGAAGAUUGUUGUAGAAAACAUCUUAAAAGGUCAUGAAGCAAAUUUUGAAAGGAUCAGUAGUGAAAACAGUACCACACAUGGAGUCCCAUAUGACUACUGGUCAGUGAUGCACUACGACAAAGAUGCAUUCAGUAAUGGCAAUAGCUCCACAAUUAUUACCACAGACCCAGAAUACCAAAAUGUGAUUGGUCAAAAACUGGGAAUGAGUUUUAGAGAUGUUCAAGAAUUGAACCUUCUCUACAAUUGCAAUUCAACAGUUGCCUUUAUGUUUUACUGUGGCUUUUCUAAUGGGACGAUGUGUGAAAUGAACCAGAGAUCUCAAAAUGGCAGUCUCUGGGAAGUGGUUACACAAGCAGAUGGGGGUCCAAGUUCUGACCACACCACUCUACCCAGUGGGAAAAGAGAUUCUGGUCAGGAAGAAGGAUACUUUAUUCAUGCUAGCACAGCAUCCAGUAAACAGGGAGAUUCAGCCCAACUGGAAACACAAAAGCUGCAUCCCAAAAGGGAAUGUAGAGUCCAGUGUCUGCAUUUCUACUAUUAUCACAGUGGAAAUGAUUCAGAUGAACUCAACAUCUGGAUCAGAGAGUUUGAAGAUGAACAGGACUCCACAGGAACCCUCCAACUCAUGGGACAGAUCACUGGCCCACCAACAUCUCAUUGGAAGCUUCACCAUGUUUCUCUCAAUUCAUCUAAGCAAUUCCAGGUUGUGUUUGAGGUUCAGAAAGGAGCAGGGGACUCUGGAGGCGGAUUUUCCAUUGAUGACAUCAAUCUCUCCGAGUCUGAAUGUCCACAUAUUAUUUUGCAGAUUGAUGAAUUUGAGACUUGUUUAAACAGUAGCAACUCUGGAACCCGAUUAUACAGUCCACGGCAGUACUCCAAAGAUGGCUAUGCCUACCGGGUAGCUGUUAUACUCUACCAGACAUACGUUGGAACGUUUGUGCAACUUUUGUCUAGUGACAAUGAUGACCAGCUGAAAUGGCCCUGCCUGCACAAACAAAUGACUUUCCAAUUGCUGGAUCAGAAUCCCAACAUGCAGCAACAGAUGUCAAAACAGAUGAGUUUCACAUCCAACCAAAAUAGUCUGAAAUUGAAUGAUACCAUUCUCUGGGACAAUCCUCGCAAGACAGCAAGGAUGGUUUUUUAUGAGAAUUCUGAGUUAGUCCAUGGUGGAAUGUUGUUCGGGUACAUAUGUUUGAUGACAUUGGAGGAAUUACAUUUCAGAGAUUUCCUCAAGGGAGGGAGUGCUAUCUUUAUGUUUAACUUUGAAGAUCUUACUCCCCUAGUUAAUGGGAGUACUCUGCCAUGUCCUAAAGUAAGACCAAUGAGCAUUACGCAUUCACCCACAAAUCACUUUGAAGGCCUAAAUUCAACAUGGUGA